ACGUCAGCAGUGUGUGUUUAGUUUGAUUUGUUUAAAAUUCUUUUGUUUUUUUUAAAGACGACUAAAUUAUAACCGUUAUGUUAUAACAUAUUAGAAAUAUAUAUAUUAUAAUCUAGUGUUUACCCGCAUAUUUCUUUAAUCAUUAUUGUGUGUAGUGGUCACAAAAUAAUUAAUGAAUAAUGUCCAUUUUGUAACGAGUAACCUGUAACUUGUUACAAAAUAAUUAACGUCACAUUAUAAGAAUGACGCUAACUAUGACAAAAAAAGUUAGCGAGGUUCAAGCAGAAACCGUGCAGUUUAUGUCCUUAGAAAAAGCAGAAGAUGAACAUAGGCAAGAUGGGGAUUACAGUUCAGGCUCCACUCUUCUUCGUCGAGGCAAGAAGCUGGAAGACAACAAUAAUUUAACCAAAGAAGACAUAGAAUAUGUGAAUUACCGCCAGUUGCUCAAAUAUGAACAGGCUCCAGAGUAUCUCCAGCACAAUCCUUACAUAAGAGAUGGAUAUAGGAAGCUAUUACCCACUAAACUAUGUUGGGAGAGUAUAUUCUGGUGGACUAACGAAACAAUGAACAUUUGGACUCACUUGUUCGGUUUCUUCCUUGUGCUCGGGCUGACGAUCAACGAUCUGGUCAUCAUUAACAUCCACGCCACCUUCACGGACAAAGUGGUUGCUGCCAUACUUCUCUCGUGUUUCAUGGUGUGCAUGGCGCUGUCAGCGCUGUACCACACGUUCUCGUGCCGCUCGGAGUGCGACUACCACGCGUUUUUGAUGUAUGACCUCUUCGGCAUCGCGCUCUCGCUGCUCGCUAUAUACACCUCCGGCGUCUACUACGCGUUCUGGUGCCACCAUGAGCUAAAGGCGUUCUACAUGGUAUCUGUGACGCUGAUCUUCGUGGUGGCGAUGGCGCUGCAGAUCCCCCGUCUGAACGUACCGUACGCCGUGAAGAUGUGCGUGUUCAUCGGCUGGGCGGCGUACGGGGUGCUGCCCACGCUGCACUGGUGCUACGCCAUGGGCGGCUUCGAGAACCCCAUGGUGCAGAUGUUCUUUCCUCGAGUGAUAAUGAUGUAUAUCAUAAGCGGAACUGCAUUCAUCAUUUACGCAUUUAAGAUCCCGGAGCGCUGGUUCCCGGGCCGCGUGGACUACAUCGGGCACUCGCACCAGUGGUGGCACGUGCUGGUGAUGGCCGCGCUCUACUACUGGCACAACUCCGGCAUGAUGUACGUGCAGUACCGCAUGAACCACGGCUGCGCCAACACCAUGCGGAUAUUCUGAACACUACGCACUACACUACACUACGCGAAGGAAAUUUUACUAUUAGAAUCUAUCGUCAUCAUUAUACGCUCUCUUUAUCUCUCUCUCUCCCUCUCUGCUAGUUUCAGUUAUACGCUCUCUUUAUCUCUCUCUCUCUCUCUCUCUCUCUGCUAUAGUUCGUUUUUUUUAGCAUUAGAAAGAACUUCAAAGAAGGUAAUUAUGUAAUACGUUCUGUUUCUACGACUGAAACUAUAUAUAGUUCGUUUUUUAGCAUUAGAAAUAAGGUAAACAAUCUUGAUGCGUCUUUUAAUAGAAAAAGACAUUUUAAAAAUAAGCUACGGCAAAUAUGUAACAUCUUCGAUCUUUUAUAUUCUUCUGCUUUCAUAAGUAAUAGUUACCGAUUUUUAAAAAGCGUUUUUCAGAUUGAUUGUUUACCUUAUUUCUAAUGCUAAAAAAACGAACUAUAGUGCUUAUAAGAUGAUGAUCCGACGUAAUAAGAACCUCCGACGUAAUCUGAUAAAACUCUUACGGUUAAACGGUUAUACGUUGUCUAAAAUAAUUUACUAGCUUACUUAUAAAUAUUUAAAUUUACUAGGACCUAAGGUAACGUAUUUAUGAGGGCGAUAUUCUCAGUAAAAUAUAAAUAAAAUUAAUGAAAAGCUCAAAUAUAAAAUAAUCCUAAUCAUUCCAUGGGACAUUCCUGAGGAAAAUCCUGAGAAAUUUGUGAUUUUAAGUGUACUUAAAAAUUAUAACUAUAACACAUACCUAAGUGCAUUGGUGCUGUUAAAAUUUGAUGUUAUUGGUAUGAAUCUUUAACUUUGUUUUGUCUAAAUCAUAUCGUAAUUGUUUACGAGAAAAAAAUUGUGAAUGUUUUUUCUUUCAGAAAUCCAAAUGUAUGAUGUCGACAUGCUUCUCGUCCUUUUGAUUUUUUUUACUGUGUUUUCGUUAUCUGUGAUUUUUCUGUUUUGUUAUUAUUUAUUUUCUUAGUAGGAAAUUAUUGUUAUUUUGGAAUGGGGUUAUUAUAAAUUAAUUUAUAGAUACGUAAUAAAAUAUACACAAUG